AUGCCAAAAAAGAAACUGAAGAAAUUAACUGAAGAGGAAGACUGUUCGGAUGACCAGGAUGAUGAAAAACCUGAAGACAGAAGAUCUUGUCACCGUACUAUGAGAGAAGAUGGAGAACUUCAGAGUUCCAAAAUAAAGAAAGAUGGGGAAGCGAAGAAGCAAGACCAAAGUUCUCAGAUUCCUCAUGGUGCAGAUGGAAGAUCCCAAGGAAAAUCUCCAAACGGAUCUCAAGAAAAGUCUCCAAGUAAAAGCACAACCACAGACAAUUCUUUAACCCAAAAGAAAGAGCAAACGCAAAUUCUUAUCCAAAUUAAAUCCAAAGGAAUUAAGCAAGGAAAAAUUAUGUACGCUCCUGAUGUGGUGACUACUAGAGGGGCAAGAAAGAACAAAAGUCGUUUUGAUGGAAAAGAAGGGAAAAAACUCUGGCAUAGCUUUGAACUUCAGAGGGACAAGGCACGGAAAAAAAAGGCAGAGAAAACUGAACUCUGCAAACUGAAGCAAAAACCAGAAAAAAACAUGCUGGAAAAGUGUAAGUUAUCUGCAUACAAUUCACGUGUACCACGUAAAAAGGCCGAUGGCUCAAGAAAAAGAAGUGAAGAUGUCAGAAUUCCAGUGAAUCCAUCUGACACCUUGCCAGGGACUGGACGUGGUGAUAGGUCUUCCGCUAAGAAGUCAUAUACAUUACGCAGGCCUUGGGAGGAAGAGUAUGAAGAGGAAUAUGAGAAGUUUUCUAAGGAAAAACACUCUGUGGAUGAGCAUACUCCGUCACACCGUUCAACUGGGAGAGCACGAUGCUGGGGCUCCUGUAAACGGAAAAGAACAGACACUGAUUCUGAUAAAGCUGCUGGUCGUUCAGGGGCUGAUGAAAGGGACUUGGAAGCCCCAGCGUUGUGUCUUACGCAGAAUUUUGAGGUCCCGUGCACAUCUGACUCCUACCAAGAAGGUGAGGACAUAAAAUCUGUCCAAAAGAGCUUUGUGGUCUCUUCACCCCCUCAAGAUAGUCAGAACCCAGAAACAGACCAAGAGAUGCAGAUAGUAGAAGAUUUGCAUGUUGCUCGUGCUGGGAAGAGAAUGGUGCUAUCUGUAGUACAGACAUGUGGAAAGCUUACAAGUAUGGAAAUAGAUCUUCCAGAACCAGAUUUAAAUAUUUCUGCUGAGACUUUUGCUUCUGGUCUGAACAUAUUAGUGGUGAUUGACACAAAUAUAAUGAUUAGUCACCUUGAGUUUGUCAGAUCUCUGAAGUCCGAGGAAAUACCAGGUGUCAGCAGACUUGCAUUAAUAAUUCCCUGGGUCGUACUACAAGAGUUGGACAACUUGAAGAAGGGGAAAAUGUUGCAGCAUGUUCGGGACAAAGCUAUCCCUGCCGUCCAGUUCAUCUACACGUGUCUCAAAAACCAAGAUUCAAAAUUGUGGGGGCAGUCCAUGCAGCUUGCUUCUCAAAAAAUGUAUGGCCUGAGCGACGAGAACAACGACGAUCGUGUUUUACAGUGUUGUCUGCAGUAUCAGAACCUCUUUCCUCAAGCUGUUGUCAUACUUUGCACGGAUGAUAAAAAUUUAUGUAAUAAAGCCAUUGUGAGUGAGGUCAAGGCAUUCUGCAAAGCUGAUUUGUCUACUGCUCUACAGAAUCUGAGCAGGCACCACAGCUGUGUUGGGCUGCAACAGUCAAAAGGUAGACAAUUGGAGAAAACAGAAGGAGGUGGUGCUGGUCUUGUGGCCCAAUUCUCAAAUAUGCUUCCAGACCUUAUAAAGAACUUAGGAGAAGCUUUAUCUUGUAUUUUGGAGACUGAAAUGAAAAUUGUAUAUGGAAACCUGUGGAUGGAGAUCGUGUGUCUGAAGCCACCAUGGACAUUAACAAACUUGCUGAAGUGCUAUAAAAAACACUGGAUGGCUGUUUUUGGUUAUGUUGUACCAAGGAGUUUACUUUCAACCAUUGAAUAUCUCUAUAAACACCUUUCUACAG